GUCCGGCACUGCGCGGCGGAAACAUUGACAACAGAGAGGUAAGCGGACCUUGGAACGCUGCGCUGGGAUCGUUAAAAUCUAUCGAAGGAGUGUCUUGGAGUGUUCGAUGGCGCUUUGAUUGGCGUCUGUGGCAAGGAGCAUCAUGGAGACCCUGGGAGGAGAGCUGGGCACAGCGGUCGACGCUGAGGAGGAGGAGCCCGGCAGCUCCUCUCCCCACCCUCCCGACGAGGAGGAGGAAGAGGGGCGAGAAGGGGAAAACACGCCGUGUCCCGUGCACGCUGACGAUGACGACCUAGUCGAUGCCGCACCGCCAGCGGUCGACGACGACGACGACGACGGGCGAUCCACGCCUGACCUCCUACCGUCCGCCGCCGACCUCUCGCUCGGCGGACGCACGUACAGGGAGGACGACGACGCGUCCCCACCGGCACAGCCGCCCAGUCCGACGUCUGACGACGACCUCGACGACCCAGUCGUGAGUCCCGGCUCGCCAGGCAUGAUUGACGCGUCGGACUUUCGAGGUCUCGGCGGCGAUCCCACCGGCCCGUAUGGGGCUGGAAGGAUGUCGCCUGCGGGCUUCUCGGCCAGCUCCAGUUACGCAACGCUCACACCCCUGCAGCCGCUGCCACCAAUUUCAACCAUGUCUGACAAAUUUUCUCACUACGGUCACCACCACCAUCAUCACCAUCACCAGCAACACCACCAGCAGCAGCAACACCACCCGGGUGGGGGAUUCCCCUUGAUGCAGAGCCAGUCGCCGCUCGGUGCCAUCUCUAUGAACAGUUAUCACGCGCAGUAUGACAAGCUCAGCAGCUCAGGCAUGAGUCCCCCAAUGCUCGGUGGGGGUGGACUCCCUUCGCCCCCAUCCUCUUAUUCACAGAACGGUCUGUCCGACAAGGGUCUCAACGGCUACGACGCGUAUGCUCCUCCGCGAGGUCUAGGAUCACCCCAGUCACCGACCAGUCUUCACUCGCCCACUGGCAUGUUACCACCGCUCAAUGGCCUGGCGACGGGUCCACCGCCCACCCCGCCUGCUGCCCAUCUCGCCGCACCGGCCUCACCACCCGCACCGCCACAGAUGGACAUCAAGCCCCCGCCACCGACAACUGUGGUGACAGUGGCACAGCCUCGUCUCGUCCUCCCCGUUUCUGUAACUACGAUGCCCCAAGUGGCACUGUCUGUGGGACAAGUCAUGGUUGGGAAGGCGAAUAAUGUCAUGCCCAACCUUUUGGUCGGCGGUAUCGGUUGUUCUCCCAACAAGAUUCUUCAGCAGCAGACGCCUCAGCAGCAUCAACAAGCGGUACAACAGCAAGUGGUGCAGCAGCAGCAACAGCAGCAGCAAGCGGUUCAGCAACAGCAGACGACACAGCAGCAACAGCAGACGACGCAACAGCAGCACACGGGAAACGCGGAUGAGGUUGAAGAGAUCAACACCAAGGAACUGGCGCAGCGGAUAAGUGCAGAAUUGAAGCGGUACAGCAUACCACAAGCGAUCUUUGCUCAGCGGGUACUGUGUCGAUCACAAGGCACGUUGUCUGACCUUCUGCGGAAUCCAAAGCCUUGGAGCAAGCUCAAGUCGGGGAGGGAGACGUUUCGCCGCAUGUACAAGUGGUUGGAAGAACCAGAGUUUCAAAGGAUGUCCGCACUCAGGCUUGCAGUCAAAAUGAAUGCUCAGUCCCCCAAGGUGGACACCACAUGCCCUCCUCGCACCGCAAACCUGUACACACCGCAUUCAAGUACGUACAUGCCAGACGUUCACAUGCCGUUUAAUUCUUUGCCCUUUGCAUGCAAACGGAAAGAGGACCCUUCGGCGCCUACCUCUCAACAACCGGUGUCUGCUCCACCGCCGUCUUCGGGCCCGAAAAACCCCAACCAGCCCAAGAAGCCCCGCUUGGUGUUCACCGACUUGCAACGGCGAACGCUACAGGCCAUCUUUAAGGAGACCAAGAGGCCCUCGAAAGAAAUGCAGAUCACCAUCUCGCAGCAGCUCGGGCUCGAGCUGUCAACAGUCGGCAAUUUCUUCAUGAACGCGAGGCGCCGCUCGCAAGACAAGUGGCAGGAUGAAGCGGACAAGAAAUCAUCCUCGUAACAUGAACAUGGAACAACAUGGUCGGAGAAAACGAUGAUGAUGGAAUAUAAUAUAUAGACUACGUACGCUCGAACAGCCCGCGAGGUUCAAGUCAGAGAGACACGACGGUUGUGGCUAUAUACUUGAAAAAUGAAGAAAACGCACGCUGCACAAGGUUGUCCACGGCCCGCCCCCCUUCUGUGCCCAGAGUUGUGUGUUAGCGGAAAUAGUUUUUGCAGUAGUGAUACCGUUGUUCUAGUCGUACGUUAGGUUCCUCUUUUGCUGCUCAGGGGUUGUGUAUACGCCGUGACGCAAACAUGAUCCAGGGUCGAGAGACUAUACGCUAGAAAGCUUACGCGGGGCCUCGGUCUCGUAUUUAUGUGUGUCCGAGUCUGCUGGUUAGACUACUCCUCAGGAGGCUACGACCUCACCGUUCGCCGGAAGCAGACGAAAAUACACUCAAUCAAUCGAUCAAUUGCUGAAAUAGCCCUCGCGUCUUCGGGGCUUCUUAAAUCACGGAUAAUUACGCGGGCUGUUAUGUCUCGGUCACGUGAUGCCUGCCCAGAGCGACGGACGUUAUCUCAUGUGGAGGUGUUACACCAUUCAAUAUUGAGUCGCAAAUCAGGGAGUAACACUCGCGGAAAAGGGAGUAACAUGUGCGGCAGACGGAGAAACAGUUGUGGAACACUAAGUGAAAAAUCGCGCAUGAGCAGCACGCACGUUUCAACCUAUUUUCCAUUUACGAAUGUACAACUCCUGAGCAGCUCAAGAAUCUUUACUCCCAAAUGGGACGAAAAGGGACACGUUACAAUUCCUACGAUGGUACCACAGAAGGGGGAAGAGAGAAACAGGAGCGGCCGCGCGACCAGGUCACGUGGACCUUCAGCGUGAGUUGUGUGCGUGCGAGUGUUUGUGAGCCAACUGUGGACACUGAGGACAUGUGGACACAAACGACACCUCCUCUCGGCCAGGGACAUCCCACGUCCACGGCCGGCAGCAGCAUUUAACGCUCUCUCUCUCUUCAGCACGGACAAAAUGAGGACAUCCCAGGUGUCCGCAGUGUUUGUUUGUUUGUUUCGUUUCUCUUCUCCCUUUUUCACGUUUGUGUCCACUCAGAUUUUUCGUCCCGUUGUGUCCCUACAAAGUCCCGGUUACCCGCGCCAAGUUUCUCCCCUGGGGUGUUGAAAAGGAGUAAAACGUGAUCUCACUCUCGCGUUUCUCGACAUUUCAGUUUCUAUUACGAGCAACUCCGUGAAACUCCGUUAUAAAGAUCUCAGUGUGACCGGGAGAAAAUUCGAUAUACGCGGCAUUUCGAUAAAAGCGAAAGUGACGUUUACUUACGUUUACUGUAGCCUUCGAAGAGUGCGGAAACAACGCGGGAGCCUUAAAGCAAGAGUUCAAGCAGGCAAACAAACCUCAGUGACGAGCACGUUGGUAGCAGUGCCAUUUUAAAUCAAGGUGUCUAAAAAGAUUUUUUUAAAAAAGAACGGACUUUCGUUGACUCGCAGUUCGCAGUAGGCGGACUCGGCUGGCAGUACACUUCCAAUAAUCCGUUCGAGACAGAUGCAUUUCGGCCGGGACAGUGUGAAACUUCAAAUACAACGAUAAUUUCAAGAAAAUAUUUCGUUAUAACGAUGGUGUACCGUUGUUAAGAAACAAUAACCACUAGCACGUCGUCCCAAUUGAUAAAAAAACACCUCGUUAACAAUACUGCUCUUAUUAGUCCCAUUUCUUUCAUUACCCUAUACGGCCGUAAGUCUGUCCGAGUGGGAAUGCGUCUUACUCCAUUUGAACUCCCCAAUUACUCCGUUAUAGAGUGCACUUAGUCAAGACACGUUCACGCUACAGCAAUACUGCAAGUUUAGAGGGACUAAACAGCAUACAUUCCUCACACAGUUAAGUGGGAAAAAAAGGUGUUAGUGUGUUGAAGUCACUUUCUUAGUCUAGCGAAUGCACCGUUGUCUGCUUGAUCAGUUCAAACUGGAGAGAAUGCGCUGAGAUUUGAUUUCUUCUCGCAUUCCAACGCCGCAUUGAUGUUCUUAUUUAUGCGUGCUCUUAUCUCUGUAAAUAGUGCAUCGGUACAUUCCAUUUUCCUUGUAAGUUAUACAUAUUUAUUGUGUGAAUUUUUAUUCACGAAAACAAUCUGGCUUACACUUAAAUAUUUAUUAUUUAAUGUAAAUAUAUUAUUUAUUGUGUUAUAUUUGUGCACCUACUUUUUACAACAGGUUGCUCUAGUCACUCACUCAGUCAAUCAUUAGGGUUCAUUUACGUUGAUCAAUUAAUGGGAUGAUUUUUUUCCCCCUGCUAGCAACAUUCCAGUCUAGGUUCGAGUGAUAAUUCUAGUCAGUUGUGCAAGAAGUUCCCGGUAUUUUUCGUAGGACGUUUUAAAAAUUAAUUAUGUAUUUAUUAAUUAUGUUUAUUAUUUAUUAUGUGUGUUUUGUGCUUACUGGAUGUGUAGUCAGUCUUGCUUUUAUGCAGCCAUACAGUAUUUAUUGUCAUAUUUAUUGUCACACUAUUUAUUGCCAUUUCAUUUGAUGAUACAUGCAAUGUUUUUGUCACUUGCUGUGUUGUACCUGCUUUUGCGGAUUCAGGAUAGGGAUACUCCACUGCAGCAGCCAAAACGCGCCCAGAGUUCCCGUCGGACAACUUGCAAUCCUUUGUCACAGCGCAAGCAAUCAUUUAAUUGAAUUUCUCAAAUAACGCGGUGCCUCUUUCAACUGCCCAUGGCCGCUCCAAUUGAUUCGCGGUGCCGUCACAAAAGGAAAUUAAAAAAUAAUUACAGGUAGUAGGUGUCAGAAUUUCCCUGCUACACGUUCUACCAUACAGGAAGAAAACUAUUAGGGAGCAAUUACAGCUUCUAUCCCCUGGGUUGCAGUUACUCCCCAAUCUUAGUCCCCUGACCCUGAAACUAACUCCCCGGUACUGCUACUGCUCCCUAAACUUCACAUACACCUCAGUGUAUUUAGUCCCCAAAAGGGAUUAGUGGUUGUGUGGAUGCAUUUAUCCCCAAAAGGCCUACAUUUAAUCGUUUUUUUUUAGAAACUCCAGAGGAAAAAAGCGCUUUCGCAUUCGCUCAUCCUUAUUUCCCGUUUCACCUCCAGCAAGCGGGAACUCCGCGUCUUCCUCUUCCCGAAAAGUGGUCCAGUAGUAACAAACACUCAUUGGCCAACCCAAACCUCAAUUGUCUGGCGAUUCGUCCACAAUCGCUGGUCCCUCAUUGGUUCGUUUGCAUUUGAAACAGUACAAGUUUACUUAUCCGUUCCCUUCCUCUUCCCUUUUUUCCCUUUUUUUUUACAGUGCAGAAAGAGGGCAAGCCCGGAAUGUUCCGAGGUCGCCGUUGCACGCGAACUAAGACUACAAUUAAGAGUGGGUGAAACUUGGUCUGCUUAAUUACUCGUAAAGGCACGCUGCUUUCGGGAGAAGAGGAAAAUGAAGAGGGGGGAAGGUGAAACGCAAUUAAACUCCCCGCGCGCUCCGACGAGAAUUCGGAGCGAUUCGGUCAGCAAAAUUUUAGCGAAUCUAAACGGAUAUAUAUAUGCGUAGAUGGACGCGAAUUAAGAAUUACGAGUGGUGUGGAAGAGAGAGAGAGAGAAAAGAACUACUUAAUCGGAUAUUAUCAUUGAAGGUGUAGGCACAGACUGUGGGAUUCUUAAUGUCCCAGUAAACUUCGGCCUUUGAAACAUUGUCGUUCUCUUCAAACAUAAUCCGUGGAAAACAUUUAAAGUGCGUUACGAAAAUGUUACGCGGCAUUUGCUACCUCUUUUGUUACUAUAGCCUUCUCGCGACGGAAGGCCGCGAAUUAUCACGAAUUGUCACUUUAUUGUCCAGUUUAUAAUCACUUAUCCUUAUCGUUCCGGUCCCAUUGGUACGGUGUCGGUGUUUCUUAAUCUGAAAGAAAUCCGCAAAGUACGUUUUAUCAUAAAAGUACAUCCUCUUAAUUACUGUUCAAUUAUUCUCUGAAUUCCUAAAUUGUUCUUAAUUUCCGAGGAAUUAGAUCGUUAUCCACCCAUCACCUCAUAGUCAUCGAUAGUCGGCAAAUUUCCUCAUUGGUUGUUACUUCAUCUACUUGUUGUUGUCUUAAUUGAUGGAUCUCCCGUUGUACGUCAAACCUCUGGAUAACUUACGGUGUUGCAAAGUGCGCUAUCCGAGCCUCAGAGCCGAGUAUUAAAAGUAUUUGUCACUUUACCGCCUCGAUAAAGUAGUCGAGAGAGAGAGGGAAGCCCGUUUGGCGCAUGGCCGAUUCUACGGAAUGCCUAAGCGGUGUUCCUAUUAAUUGCUGCUCAUUAACCGCCCGAGCGGUCGCCAUAGUUUCCGGCGGCAACUCUUAGUCCGCUAAAAGCGGCGGGAAAAUUGCGAAGCUUUUUCUUACUGUCGCGGUGUCGUCUCAUCACGUUUUCUUCUUCUUCUUCUUUUUUUUUUUUUCUCAUAUCUUCUGCAGUGACGUUGUUAAGAAUUCCGACGAGGCAGGAUGUCUGUGCGAGUCUUUGCUGCUUGUGGAGUAACUUAAACAAUUGUGUGUUUUUUUUUUCUUUUCUUUAUUCAACUGUUGUGUGGUUCACUCUGCUGUGUUAACGACAACAGUGCGACGCAUCUUUAUUUUUUACGGCAUGAACGUCCUGCUGGUAUUCGAUGUUGCGGGGCUGCAUUAGGUAUUGUGACAAUCCAGGCGUAGACCUCAUAUAGGUCUCUUUCGGAACCGGUGUUUUUUAGGAUGAACAAUAUUGGACGUAAAUACUCACUUGCACAAGAUUGUUUAUGUCACGUAUUUAUUUAUUUAAUUAAUUUAUUCAUUGCCAGAGUGUCGUACGAGUCCAUGGGAAACAGGUGGUCACUUGACGAUGGUGUUUUGUUUCAGUUAUUUUAUUCAUUGGAAACGACAAUUACGUUUAAUGCCAAUGCCUGCGUUACUUUACGUGAGUAGGUUAUUUGUACGCAAAUAAUAGCUUUCACACGAUGAUACCUUUAUCGCUUCUACUCUCUUUACCCAGUUUAGCCUUUAAGUUUAUUAUCCAGCAAACAUUUAGGAUCCGGCUUAUUCCUAUGUUACAAGCAAGAGACGUAUUUUAUUGGAACGAAAUUGCUGUAUUGCAUUAACGUGUUCAUCGUUACAACAUAAUCGUAUAUUUGCAAAUACGCAGAAGGAAAAAAAAAAAGCUAAAAAAUUGCAAGGUGACAGCGUGACAGACUUGUUGAGCACUCACCCUUCCCAAAGUUAAGUUACUGUCUACUACCCUUAUUGUGUAGAAAGAGAAAAAAAAAAUCCUUGCUGUGUGAAAGGAAGCCACAAAACCACAUUCGCGCACUUUCCAACCAAUAGCGCGUGUGUGGCGCGCAUGCCGUCACCGUUGUAACAAUAUGCAAACUAACAGACACACACUCACAGAGGGCGCUCUCACAAGAUGGCCGGCCAUCUCGUCUGCUUCGCUUACGAAGAAGCAGAAAUCCCGCGCCGACAAACAACCCAGCAAAAAAAGAUGGCCGCUUUAUUUUGUAACAUGAAAUCUAUGUCCUCGUUCACUGUACACAGUUGUCUAUUUAGGCAUUAUAGAUCACCCGUUCUGCAGGUAUUUAGCGAUAUUCAACGCGGAGCUGCCGUUUGCGGUUGGAAGGAAAAAAAAAAACAAAAAAAAAAACAAGGCUUGGUUUUGCCGUUUCUCAUCCACUUCUGCUGCAUGUCCUGUUGACCCGAAAAAGGAUACGUGUGGCAUCAACUGCGAAGUAGCUGUAAAUAAACAUUGGGACACGUAGCAACCGAUUCGGAAGGAAGUACGUAACUUUUUUUGUGUGGUACUUGGAUUGGAUUGUCUUGGAUUAUCUUUCAUUGGGUUCUUUGCAAACUACCCCUAUUCGCUAAUUGAGAUUGGCUAUUCUUGUAGAAGUGCACAUGUGACCAACAUAUUUGCAUCGCUUCGUCUUAAUUUCAUCGAACGAUUUGCAUCUUACUCGUUUUACGGAACCUUGUCGUGCCCGUUACAUUCGUUCUACCUCUACUAGCUGCUCACGCCCAUUUCGUGACGUGGGCACUUGCCCCAGCCAAUCACAUUGGAGAACGCGUCCACGUCAGGGGCCUUAAAUAUGCACAAUAUCCUUAUGUGUUUAUAUCGGAUUCUGGCAGAGCUACAAUACCGAAGGAAAUGCAAAACAGAGGAUUAGUUUGUGCUGAUAGUAAAAGUAUCGUAAACUUGGCGCAAGUGAAAAUUAAUGGGUUUAAUUACGGGAGUGAUACGACAACAGUGUACGAAUGCGAAUACCGAUUGGUUAACAUAAAAUGUUGGGAAAAACUUGCGCGAGUUCAAAAAAACUGAGAGUCCGAUCAUAUAUAUAUAUAUAUAUGGAAAUAAACGAAUUGAAUUGAAUAUAUAUAUAUAUAUACAAAAAAAAAACGAAACACGAUAUUAACCUUAGCGUGAAAGCCUGCGGUUAUUUGGACUGCCCUUUGUCGGUAAAGUGAAAACAUAUGUGUAGAGACUGUCCACUUUAAGAUGGUGAUGCAUUGGAGUGACAAGUUCGGAAUUCCGUUUCAUCAUGUUGUCUUCCAUGCAUUUUAGUGACAACAAAACUGAAAGAGGCAAAAGUGAAUUGGCCCUCUUCUGAAAGCCACAGCGAACGAUACGGGUUUGAGGCAGCGUUAUAGAAGGCACUUAGAACUGGUAUCUAAUGUCUUUUUGAACAGCGUAAAACGAGCAUUUUAUUGCACCCACCCUGUCACUAUUGGGGGUGAAAAAAAAAAAAAAAAAGAAAGAGGAAAAAAUGUCGUCCCGCAUUCAAAGUAGAUCACUUCGCGCACGCACGCACACAAAAGGAAAAGUGCCGUUUGUUUUGCUUAUUCUCUGUGUGGCACUCCUAUUUCGAAACGCAAAACGUUGAUGUCCGGUUAUUCGAAUUAUCGGGCAUUGUACUGCUUUGUACAUGCUUUAUGGGUCAGUGGAGUCGUCCUUCAUGUUGUGUUAUGUUGUGCCAUCGUAUGAUAAUAUAGACUAUUUUGUUCGCAGAAAACAAAAAGGGUUACGCCGUGUUCCAAUUAAGUUUGUCUAAUAAUGUAAACGUGCUAAUCACCUGUAGCUAAAAGAAGCGAAAACCUCUAAACUAGACACGCUUUUCGUGACAUAAGCAGUCAGACUUGGGGAUCGAUUGCGGGAUGUUGGUUUCGCAUGCGAUUUGGAACGCAUACCAAUGCCGAAUUUCCAGCAAAGAAGAAGAAGAAAGAAAGAAAAGAACGGCAGUCGCGCGUAAAAGCCGCAGCAUCGAGACGAGACUCGCUAGUUUCGCCAUCUUCCGACUACGAUGCAAACUGCAGAUGAUAUCGCCUGCCCGGUUUUUUCAAUGAUGACGAUGAACGUUGCUUUAUCGUUCCUGUAUCACUGUACAUAGUUAUCAGCCGGAUAAUAUGUCUCACAUCGUCGCCCCAUAGCAAUAAAGUGCAGACGGCACCUCACUUUACUCAGAAAAAUAAACAAAAAAACAACAAAAAAAAUGCCUCCCACACCACACCGCGGUUUCGGUUGGGGCAAAAUGCUCAUGCACUGCACCAAAUAAAAUGACGUCUUGUGGCGCCACCUUUUUCUGUAUUCUCUCCCGUGUAGUUUUGUAAAGAAAGAGUGUCUAUGCUGCCCCAUCAUGUUUUAGUUUCGGUUUCUUUACCGUCUACGUUUGGUGUGUUGCGCGCGAUUGCCUAUGUGUCUUUAUCGAGCAGAAACCUGAUGGCAACAUUGACAGAAUAAAGACUAGCC